GACAGAUUCAUAGAUUUUGGACCACGUCAACAAAGACUCUUCCCUAGUUUCUUCAUCAAGCAUUUUCACGAUAAACAGCACUCAUAACAUUCCGAAAGGCAAUAAUCAUUUUCUCAGCGAGGUACAACGAUGGCUCCAUCAACAGCUCAGGAUGUUGCGUCGGCGAUUCUAAGCGUGACCGAGAAGUCGAUUGUGCCCCUAACGGCAGCCCAAGUGUCACAAGGAUCCAAAUUGUUUGGGGCGGCGAUCCUUGAGAGGUCGAAUUUAUCGCUGGUGAUUGCGGAGACCAACAACGAACGCGAGUCACCGUUGCUGCAUGGCGAGAUCAACUGUAUCCAACAAUUCUUCAAGAUCCCCAAGACAGACAGGCCUGAGACCAAGGAUUGUAUCUUCUUCGCGACUCAUGAGCCUUGCUCUCUGUGUCUGAGUGGCAUUACCUGGUCCGGCUUUAAUGAAUUCUACUACAUGUUCACGUACGAGGACAGUCGUGACCUAUUUGGGAUUCCCUACGACAUCGAUAUCUUGCAGUCAGUGUAUCGAGUAAGAGCGCCCAAUGACACGGACGAGUCGUUGGAGGCUCGGCCGCUGUACAAUCGCACCAACAAAUUCUUCAAGGCGCGUUCGCUGGCGGAUCUGAUCAAUGAUGUGGAGGAUGCCCAGGCCAAGGCGGAUCUCCAGGGAGAGCUGGCCCGGAUCAAGAAGCUAUACGAUUCAUUGAGUUCCACGUAUCAGGAUGGCAAACAGGCGGGAACUGCCUCGAGCAGUUUCUUCUCUUAAAGGUGUGACAGGGACUUAUGUUCAAUGUUGGAAAGGCAAUAAGGACCACGCAAGGUGUUUAGGAGUUGGCAACAUCCAUUGCAGAAUUGGAUACCAAAUAUUGGUCGCAUUCAAACCAUGAGACUUUCAGAUAAGCUAAGCAACAAUCGUUUUGACGAGUGGACAAAUGACCACCACCAAGUGC